GACCACUACCCCCUGCCGAGAAUCGACCAGUGUCGACUCUACUGCUGGCUGUCAAUUGCUAAGCAUGAUGGACGCGUCCCAGGGGUACCACCAAAUUCCUUUGGCUCCUGAGGACCAAAGCAAAGUCAGCUUCGUGACGAGCAAAGGGACGUAUUGUUAUGUUGUUAUGCCUUUCAGACUCAAGAACGCAGGGGCAACAUACCAGAGGCUGAUGGAUCGAAUGUUCAAAUCACAGAUCGGGCGAAAUAUGGAAGUUUACGUGGACGAUAUCUUGGUGAAAAGUAGGUCCUCGAUCUCGCAUGUGGAGGACUUAAGGGAAGCGUUUACGAUACUAAGAACAUUUGGGAUGAAGUUGAAUCCGAGUAAAUGUGCCUUUGGAGUGAAGGCGGGACGAUUCCUGGGCUAUAUCGUAACGGAAAGAGGCAUUGAAGUGAAUAAGGAUAAAGUGCAAGCCAUACUCGACAUGACCCCACCAAAGAAUAUUAGAGAAGUACAAGUCCUGACAGGUCGAAUUGCAGGCCUAAGUAGAUUCAUAGCCCGGGCGGCGGAAAGGAGCUUCUCUUUCUUCAAGUUACUCAAGAAAAAAGCUUUCCAGUGGGUUGACGAGGCUCAGAUGGCGUUUGAAAAAGUGAAGGAGUUUUUGAGCGAGCUACCAUUGUUGACAAAGCCAGAGCCGGGCGACGAGUUGGUACUCUAUAUCUCGGUGGGAAUCUUUUCUUUGAGUUCGGUGUUACUGCGAGAGGCUGAAGGGGCUCAACAGCUGAUCUAUUAUACAAGUCGAGUGCUUCAGGGCGCAGAAACAAGGUAUUCGGAGGUCGAGAAAGCUGCACUAACGUUGGUGCUCACAGCCAGAAAAUUGAGGCCGUAUUUCCUGAACCAUGUGAUCAUAGUAAGGACAAAUUUCCAGCUCGGUGAGACAUUGGGCCGACCUACCGUAUCAGGUCGACUCGUAAAAUGGGCGGUCGAACUCAGCGAAUUUUCCAUCAAAUAUGAACCCCGACGGGCUAUAAAGGCCCAAGCUCUAGCCGACUUUAUCCAAGAAGGGACCAAAGCAGAAAGCAAGAAAUGGAUGAUGCACGUCGACGGGUCCUCGUCAGCCAGGGGAUCUGGUAUUGGAGUCGUCCUAGUAUCCCCCGAAGGUGAGCAACUUGACUUCGCCAUCAGAAUGGGAUUUAAAGCCUCGAAUAACGAAGCAGAAUAUGAAGCCUUGAUCAAGGGGAUUCAACUGGCGAUCGGAGGCGGGGCAACGGAGAUCAUCCAAGACCUACUCGCCCAGUUUGGCAAUGUGCUCGCCGAGCCAAAGGGUCUACCAUCAAGGAGGUCGUACGAACACCGCAUACCGCUCAUCGACAAAGGCCGAGCAGUUCACGUGCACCCAUAUCGAUACGUGCACUUCCAGAAGGUUGAGAUCAAGAAGCAGGUUAGUGAGAUGCUCGAGUCCAGGCUGAUUCAACACAGCACGAGCCCAUUCCCAUCGCCGGUGCUGAUUGAGAAAAAGAAGGACUGUAACACCCCGCUUAUCAGA